GUGUUCCAGAUCCUCCCAGCACUUUCUCCGCUGACCCAUCGGCAGGAAGAUAAGCUGAGUAUAAAACCCGCAGUCUGAAGAAAUGUGAAGUUUACGUUGAGGUUUUAGAAACUUGGAAACUACUUCGGAGUUUGUUGGGGCAACAGGUUGCUUGGUGCGUAACGGUGAUGCGCGUAAUCCAACUGAGAUAAAGCUUUAUCGAACAGGUUAAUCCAUUUUAAAGGAAAACUUAAACCUAUUUGUUCCACUUUUUCUGGCUCUGGGGUUUGGAGAUGGCAGAGGGAGACUUUUACACGAUGGGAAACCGGCAGCGGUUUCCAAGAGAUCCGUUUGUAGAAUCAGCUUUCAGGGAUCAGUCUCCGUUCAGGGACCAGCUCGCAACUCGGUUUAUUGACGAUGACUUUGGGAUGCCACCUUUUCACGAUGAUCUCGGGAUGGAUUGGCCUGGGUGGCCUCGGCUGAGCACGCGCCUCGGCACUUCACCCUUUGGCAGCGGUUUGCGCCCAGGCUUCCCCGCGCGUCAGUCCACGGGAGGCCCCACUCUGUACACCAGGUACGGCGAACCGUCCUCACGGAGCUCCCCUAUCACCACCGGUGGGGAGCCCUGGAAAGUCUGCGUCAACGUCCACAGCUUCAAACCAGAGGAGUUACACGUGAAGACAAAAGACGGAUUUGUAGAGGUGUCAGGAAAACAUGAGGAGAAGCAGGAGGAGGGAGGCAUCGUUACAAAGAAUUUCACAAAGAAGAUACAGAUCCCAACAGAUGUGGACCCCCUGACAGUUUUUGCCUCCUUGUCCCCUGAGGGAGUCCUCAUCAUUGAGGCUCGUCAGACGCCUCCAUACUACCUUGUCAGUGGUGAAGGUGCCCAGGGAGGAGAAACCCAGGCUGUGGAGGCCCCCAAGGCCCAAGAGGCCCCAGUGGUCUAAACUAGCACACCAUCCUGCUCAGUCAGUUAUAACUUUGAUUUGAAAUUUAUAGCCUCGUCUUCAUGUCGCUGUUGACACUGGUGAUUUAAAAUGUGUAAAAUAUCUAAUGAUUACAGACAAGUCCUAUUUGAUACCUGUAGUUAAGUUGUACAGAGUUUAAUACAGGAACGCCUCACCCUCCCAUUAACAGCUGCACCAGGGUUUUACUCUUCUUUAAGGGCAACUAACAAUAUUUUUUUUAUUAUUUCAGACAUUUGUUUGUUUAUUGUAAGGCUAUUAAGAGCAUAUUCAUUUCUGAAGGUUUGCACUCUAAUAAAACAAACAUCAACAAAAGGGAAAACAGAAUCAGGAUUUUUCUUAAAGGUAUUUAGUUUUAGUUUAAGAAAAUUGACUUUUUGUAAGAGUUGCUGAUUUAUUUUCAUUUCUGAUUCUCUUUUAAUUAAAAAUUUCACAUGUGAAACCAAAUGAGACGUUGUUUCUGUUCCACAAGGCUUCCUUUUUAUACCAAAAGUAACAAAUGAGUGAAUUUAAAAAAAUAUAAGUAUAAGAACAUGCAGUUAACGCUUAGCUUAUUUCACAACAUUUUUUAUUUAAAAUUGUCAAUACUUUCAUUUAACCUUGUUUUUUGCAUUUAUAAGCAAUUUUCUUUAGUCGGUUAACUAAUCCUUUAUUUAUAAAUGAUUUCCUGAGCACUAGUAGUCUUUAUUUUAAGUGGUUUAAGAAGAGAGUUAUGACACACAUCAACUAAGCAUAAAUACACACUAACCAGUCAUAUCAUUAACCCUUUGAACCCUGUACCUAGACUUAUUUAUGAUGAUUGCAUACCCAUGAUAAAAUGACUAUCUAUGCAACCGCAAGGUCUAUUUUAAUACUUUUGGAGUCAUAGUUAAAGGAAAUAUCAGUACAUGGUGAAGAAUAAAUAAAGAUGGCACACAGCACAAAUGAAAACAAAUGAAGUUUUAGACUCACCUAAAAAUAUUCAAUUUCAGGAUCAAUAUGAAUAUCCCUUUGAAUUUAUGCGGCUGUAGAUCUAAAACGCUAUUACAUCAUAGUACAAUAUAUGAAAAUGAUCUCUGCAAAGACCAACUCUGAUGGUAAAUGAACUUGUCCUUAUCUAGCGCUGUUCCAGUCAGCUUGACCACUCAUAGUGCUUUACACUACCUGACAUUCACACACACUCAUACCCCAAUAGGCACAUUGGAAAGCAGUGUCUUGCCCAAGGACACGUCGAUAUGUAGUCAGGGAAAACUGGAAUUGAUCCAUGGACCUUUCGGUUGGAAGACGACUGCUCUUCCUCCUGAGCUACAUGAAUUGAAGCUUAACAAAACUAGAGAGGUUCUAGCACAGACUGUUCAGGUCUCUAACAUGGCCGUUUUGGCACCUUUUGGUACAAUCUGUUCAAUUUUCAGUUUCACAAACUUUUUAACCUCAUAGGGCAAAUCUUUUGCAGUCAAACCUGUUCAUUGAAAGAAAAUAUUUUUAAAAGUUAAAACUGCUUACAGUUGCAGUGAGUUAACCUGCUCACCUUUUUACAAUAAAUAAUUUUCCUGGGAAAACCUGGAUCCUUGCAUUUGCAUGAGUGUUUGAAAUUUUGUACCCACUAUCAUGCAAAUACUUCUAGUGUAUGGACUCUUGAGUCUAUGUACAUGCUGUAAAUGUGGCUGUGAAGACUGGUGCUCAUGGUGUAUGACCACAGUAAAGGAGAGUUGGAAUGAUCCAAUAAGAAAAACCUACUUAAUUAUAAUUUGUGGUAUUAAAGACAGGUACAUGACGAAAUACAACAAAGUCAUGAAAACAUACAGAGCAUCUUACUGUAUUUUGACUAUACUUGUUUGCAGUAGCCUUAAUCAGCCAUGACUGUAUUAUGAGGUGUUAUUCAUUUAUUGAUUAUACUGUUUACAAAUGCAAAAUAAGGGGAAAAUAAGGUUUUUUUGCAAUUAGUUUGUUUUGUUGGUAUAUACAUGUUAUUAACAGUAAAUAUAUUUAGUGGAACAGUCUUUGCACCAUAUAAUAAAUUAUUUGUCUUUAUUUAUUUGUGUGCCUUGAGCUCCUGUGGGUGUUUAUCUUUAAACAUGACAAGAAACAAAACAAUAUAUGAGCAUAUCUUUUACUUAAAGGGUGGUUUGUGUGCAUUAAUACUGUAUUCUUCCAAAGGGUAUUGUAAAUAAGCUUUAAUAUGUGCCAAAACAUUGAGAAUAUUAAUAUGAAAUGUUCCACAUUUUGCUGUGGGGUUUGUUUUUUCUUUUCUUUUCUUUUUUUUUUUUUUUCUUUUUCUAUUUUGAACAUUUAGGAAGACAAUUGCAUGAUUUUUGAUUUGCGUUAUGCUUUCUUUUCUGUUGAUGUCUUUGUAUUGAUUCAUGGAAUAAAAACCGUCCAGCCAAUCUUA